AUGCAAAUCGGUCAACAAGAUUUACCUAAAAAUAAAACGACUGAAUAAUAAAAAAACAUCAUUUUUAUAGAGAAUUUGGAUAAGGCUAUUACAGAGGACUUUUUAUUUCACCAAUUCAAGCGAUUCGGGGACAUAAGCAUUAUAAAAUUGAUGAAGGAUAAACAUAAAAAUAUUUCAUGUGGAUAGGCCACAAUCACAUAUUCAGAUGCAGCAUCAGCUGAAAAAGCAAGACAAACUUUAGACAAUUAAAAACUAAUCAAUAAUAUUAUCAAAGUCAAACCGUAUAUAAACUUUAAUGAUACUGAGAAGGAUGCUAAUAUAUACAUGAAGAAUCUUCCAAAGUAAGUAAAGAUAGAAGAUCUAGAAUAAGAGUUAUCUAAAUAUGGUAGCAUCCUUUCAAUUGAAAUUCGCAGAGAUGCAAAAGGAAAUUAGUUGAAUUACGGAUAUGUUUAAUUUGAAAAGAAGGAUGAUGCUAAACUAUUCCUAGAAUAAAUAAAUUAAAAUCCCUUUAUUUAUUAAGGUAAUGAAAUACACUUUGAAUUAUUCAAAUCGUAAUCAGAGAGAGCUUAGUAAUCAAAUGAAUUGUUCCUAAGAGGAUUUUCAAAUCCUCUAUCUUAAAAUAUUAUUUAACAAGAUAAAACUAUUGCUGCAAUUGAGUAUGGUUGGUAAAUGGUUAUAAAAGAUUACUUUCAAAAAUAACAAAAUAUUCAAAUCUAAAGUUGUUUUGUAAAAUUUGAUAAGAACACAAGAUAACCUUGGGCGAUGAUAAAGUUUGAACACUCUGACUAGGCAAAAGCUUAGUGUAUAAUUUGUGAAUCUUAAAGAACUCAUCCAUGUGUACAAUCAAAUAUCCUUUAUGCACUUCAACUUAUUCAACAAAGCGAUAUUAAAUAAGCUAAUUUUUCUGAAUUGAAACUCUCCUUAUAAGAAAUAGUCUCUAUAUAUGAAAAUCUUGCCAAUCAUAAAUUUGAUAUUUUCAGUGGAGUGAGUGAUAACUUCUUUUAUAAUUUGAAGCAAGACAAAUCGUAAACUAUUGAUGAAAGAUAACUCUAUAUAUAAAAUAUCAAUGGUAGUUUACAUAAAGAUGAUAUUUAAGCAUUUUUAUCAUCAUUCGGAAAUGUUAUAUCUGUUACGAUGAGGUAAAGUACAAAACCUUAUACACAACUUUAAGACUGUAUUGUUUUGUAUUAAACAAUUUAUGAUGCCAAAUUGGCGUUAUCUCAAAUAUAUGAUAGAAAAUACUCUUAAAGUGUAAAACAUAUUUUUAAAAAUGGAAUAAUAAAAAUAAGUGUAUUCUUAGGAAAGAAUUUGAGAUAGGAAUAUCAAUAAAUGAAAAAAAAAAGAAAACGAUUGAUUUAUAAGCCUAUGAUGAUUUAAUUACCUCAACCACCAUUUUUGUAACUCUAAAAACCUUUGAUUUAAAACCAUCCUUUUAAUUAGGAACCAAUAAAUAAUUUCUUCCCGUUAAUAAAAAAAUAUGGUACAAUUGAAAUAAUAAAGAAUUAGAUGAGCGAUUUCUCAAAACUAACUACUUCUGAUUAAAGAAUGAUAUUGGGGAACUUAUUAUUUAAUAAAGUUUAAAAAAAGGUUCAGGAUAAAGGUGUUGCAAACCAUAUCGUAGGAAUGCUUAUUGAGCCUUCUUCAUUUACAAUAUCGGACAUUUUUGAUUUUUUUGAAAAUGAUCAAGACUUAAAUGAUUAUAUAGAGGAUGGACUAGAACUUAUAAAGGAAAAUCAACAAAAAAUUAAAUGA